AUGACGGUAGAAGCACAAAACCAUCUGAUCAAAUCAACAAAGACAAUGGAAGUGAGCAGAAGGAGGGAAACAAUAAAGGAGGAAGAAAAUUUAGAGGCAGAGGAAGAAAAGGGUAAGAAAGAUUGGAUUAUCGAUCUAGAUACGAGUGUAAAGAGAAGUGUAAGAUUUGUAGAUAAUAGUGUGAUCAUGACAGAAGGUGCGGGAAAGUGUUUUUCCACUGUUAACACUGAGGAUGAAGGAGGGUUACGGUACUCAGAUUCAGACGUGAAAUUUUCAGGAAGCAGUUGUGAUUCUGACUCGGAUAUAUCUUCAUCAUCUUACACAAGUUCCACCAGCGAUGAUAGACGGAAGAAGAAAAAGAGAUCUAGGAAAAAUAAGCAUAGGCAUGGUAAAAGAAGAGACAAACGUCGAAAGAAGAGACGAAGGAAACAAGACAAAAAAUCAAAUCGAAGAUCAAAAAGGGAAUUGACCAGUCAUACCAAUUCAAACAGUGAAAGUAAGAGUGGCAAUAGCUCUGAUAGUGAGAAUGGUGGUGCUCAACUGAAAUAUUAUAAGCAUAAAAAAAAUCUUAGAGAUUUGCAGAAGGUCAGUAUUCCUUAG